AUGGAUACUUUUGACACCUCUUCCCUCCAUCUACUUCAAUCCAAAGGACAAAGGGAAUUUCUCGAUGGACUUGAUGAGCUUCGGAAUCUGGGGUUUCGUCGCCGGUUGGCCUUACCACAGGUGGUGAUAUGUGGUGACCAAAAUAGCGGGAAGAGUUCGGUCUUCGAGGCCCUAACCGGAGUCGCACUGCCAACGAGUAAUGGACUUUGUACCAGGUUUGCAACAGAAGUUAUCCUCCGGAGGUCAAAUGAAUCCUCCGCCUCGGUGAAAAUUCGACCUGGCCCAGAUGCAGCCCCAGACCAUCGACACAAACUAGGCAUAUUUGCCCGGUCACACAACUGGCUUCAAGAUAUCCCAAAGUUGUUCUCGGAGGCCAGGCUGAUCAUGGGUUUGAUUUCGGACGGAAGGUAUUCACUUGAUAUUUUACAGCUAGAAGUUUCCGGUCCUUCAUUACCAGACCUAACUGUGGUCGACUUACCCGGCCUGAUCAAUUCGCCAGGGAUGCACCAAACAAUGGAGGAUGUUGCCCUUGUCCAAAACCUGACCGAGGCGUACAUGAGGAAUCCUCGGAGCAUUAUCCUAGCCAUUGUAUCGGCUGAGAAUAGUAUAUCUCAGCAACUGGUGCUGCGUAUGACCAAGUCUUGCAGUCCUCGCACAAUGGCAAUCAUCACGAAGCCGGACACUCUUCAACCAGGCUCUGCCAGUGAGGAGAGCUUCUUUGCGCGUGCCAGGAACCAGGAUACUCCCCUACGGCUAGGAUGGCAUGUCCUUAUGAAUAACGACACCACUGAGAAGAGAAGUCGUUAUUUUAAACGGGACGACAUGGAAAACUUGUUUCUGUCCACCUCGAUGCCCUGGAAAACACUUUCUCCAAACUGCACUGGUAUUGAAUCCCUUCGAAGUCGGCUGACUAAAAUCCUACUUGGCCAAGUUGAAUCUCAGUUAUCGAGCUUGUCUGCCGAACUUCAACAAGAUCUGGAAACGAGCCGUACAUUAAUGGCAAAGCUUGGACCGGACCGGAAAUCGGAUACGGCGCAGCGAUUAUACUUAACAACCAUCGCUGAACGAUUUCAAGCCCUCUCACGAUCCGCCACAGCUGGAGAUUACCAGGAUUCUUAUUUUCGUUAUCACCCCCAAACCUCCGUAAGGCGACUGCGGUCUAUAAUUCGUAAUUGGGCGGAAGAUUUUGCUGCCGACAUGGAGGACCGCGGUCAUAGCUAUAACAUUUAUGACGAUACUACCCAGGAAGGUGUGGAUCAGGCGCCUGUUCAGAUAACUCCUGAUUACCCACAACCAGUUGGGCGAUCUUCCUUUAUUAAUGGACUUUCUCAACUACUAAGCCAAAAAGAAAAUAGGGAAUCUAAUGGAUUGGUCAAUUCCCAAGCAGUAGGCGAGCUUUUCAUUCGCUACUCAAUUAAAUGGACUUCCAUGGCCAAAGCUCAUGUGUACGAGUUAUGGAAAAAGGUAAAACUGUUUCUUGACGAUUUACUCCAUCAUAUUGCUGGUGCCGAAGUUGGCGAAGCCAUACUCCGGGAGCUACUGGACCAGGAGAUGAGCGAUCGGUUGAAGGAACUAAACAACAAAAUUGAAGAGUUGGCAGCACCUUAUAAACGCGUUAUUCCUGCUACACUAAGUCGAAAAUUGACCGCGAAGAUCCAUCGGCUUCGGACCUUAAAUGGCUCGAACGGAAUUGAUGAAUUCCAGGAUGAAGGUAGUGAUACAAGCGUUUAUUACGAAAUUCUCGACUGUAUGGAAACAUAUUACGCUGUCGCGUUACCGGUAUUCAUUGACAACGUUGCCGGCCUUGCUGUGGAAAACUGCCUUAUCGAAAACCUUGAGAAUAUUUUAUCGCCAUCGAAGAUUGUGCAGUUAUCAAAUGAAAAAAUCGAGCGCAUCGCGGCUGAUUCCGAAGAUACCCAGAUUGCCCGAAGACAUCUCGUUAGUAAGGUUAGAGUGCUCGACCACGCUGUUAAAGCAUGCCAACGGUGUGAAAUGACCGGACUUCAGUCUUCUACGCAGAAUUAUCGCGAAUCGUCCAAGGACAACCCAACUAGUGUUCUUAUAUCAGACAUACCUGAUCCGUCGCCGACAGAUGAGUCACAAACUCCCGAGACCAGUCCAUCAGAAACCCCCAAUUUGCCCAAACCUCCAAAUUAUGUCGAAGAUAAAUCGAAAGGCCAAGAUGACGUAUCUACUCAGCGAAGUCGAUCCUCAGGUGAAUCUGGCCGUAGCAUCUCUGAAAUCUCUCAGACCGAUAUAACAACGCUCUCUCCAAUCGACAGCAUUUCGAUGCCUCCUCAAAGUCCCUCCAUUACAUCUAGUUCUACAAACAGCCAGAAAGGGUCAUUGCUAAAGCUCCCAGGAAGACCUAGCCUUCGAAAACGAAUAUACAAAAGCAAACCUACUGCAGAAUCAGAGGAUAAACCGGGCCGCAAACGGAAAUCUGACACGAGUAAGAAGACCUCUCCGUCGGCGGCACCUAAUUAUCUCAUUUAUAGUAUGUCCCUUUCUUAA